AUGGCUCACUCUCCCGUCCACACCGAGUUCAUGUCUGCAACGGGCGAUAGGCCGGCCACACGCCGGGCGCCGGAUACCACCUCAUAUCCCGUUUCCCGCGAGAACGGCGACAUCAUGCCCGACACAAAACAGAACCCGACUAUGAGCGCAAAGGAGUCGCCCUUUGCCAAGUCAUGGGUGCACUUUGUCGCCGGAGGUGUCGGAGGCAUGACAGCAGCGACCCUUACAGCACCCCUCGACGUCCUCAAGACCCGUCUACAGUCCGAUUUUUACCAAGCCCAGCUCCGAGCCUCCCAUCAGGCCCGCGCCCAGGCCGUCGGCACCAUGAGUCCCUUUAGGGCAGCCAUCUUCCACCUCCGGGAAACGUUCCAAAUUCUCGGCUCCGUCUACAAGAUUGAAGGGCCCCGCGCGCUUUUCAAGGGCCUCGGCCCAAACCUCGUCGGCGUCAUCCCUGCUAGGAGCAUUAAUUUCUACACCUACGGCAAUGGCAAGCGUUUGAUCGCCGAGUAUGGCAACGAUGGGAAUGAGUCGGCCUGGGUCCACCUGUCAGCCGGCGUACUAGCGGGCAUCACAACGAGUACGGUGACGAAUCCCAUCUGGCUCGUCAAGACGCGGCUGCAGCUUGACAAGAACGUCGCGCAACAGAAGGGCGGCUUGCACAGGCGACAGUAUCGCAACAGCAUGGACUGUAUCAGGCAGGUUCUACGCACGGAAGGAUUCACCGGCCUGUACAAGGGCAUGAGUGCGAGUUACUUGGGUGUGGCCGAGAGCACUUUGCAAUGGGUACUUUAUGAGCAGAUAAAGAACCGACUGGCGGCAAGGGAGGAGCGCAUUGUCGCGAGCGGAAGGGAAAAGACGUUUUGGGACCAAACAGUGGACUGGAUGGGAAAUGCCGGUGCUGCCGGCGGUGCUAAGCUGGUCGCGGCCAUCUUGGCUUAUCCUCACGAGGUUGCACGGACAAGAUUACGACAGGCACCCUUAGCCAACGGACAACUCAAGUACACUGGCCUCUGGCAGUGCUUCCGCGUUGUAUGGAUUGAAGAGGGCUUCAUGGGACUCUACGGUGGUCUUACCCCUCACCUAAUGCGCACCGUCCCCAGCGCCGCCAUCAUGUUCGGUAUGUACGAGGGCAUGCUGCGCAUCUUUGGGGCCCCCAAUAAAGCCGCCGCGAGCUUGUAA